CGCAGCAGUAGCACUCGGCCUCGAGAGCGACCCGUAGAGACAGACGACGUGCAGCUGGGAGCCCCGCACGGAGAGCCUCGUCAGGCAGCUCGUUCACGGCGCCCAGGAUGAAGUUUCAGUACAAAGAGGAGCAUCCGUUCGAGAAGAGGCGGUCAGAGGGAGAGAAGAUCCGAAAGAAGUACCCGGACCGGGUCCCGGUGAUCGUAGAGAAAGCUCCGAAAGCCCGGAUAGGAGAUCUGGACAAGAAGAAGUACCUGGUGCCCUCGGACCUCACAGUGGGCCAGUUUUACUUCCUCAUCCGAAAACGCAUCCACCUCCGAGCUGAAGACGCCCUCUUCUUCUUUGUGAACAAUGUCAUUCCGCCGACCUCCGCCACCAUGGGCCUCCUUUACCAGGAACACCACGAAGAGGACUUCUUCCUGUACAUUGCCUACAGUGAUGAGAGUGUAUACGGAGGAUGCCAAAGGGACGCAUGAAACCCCUCUGUCCCCCCCCCCCCCCCCCCCCAAUCCCCCACCAUCUGUUGAGAGAUGAGCCCAGCUCAGCAGCCUAGAGUUCUCUCGCUAAAGAGACACUCCUUUGCCCCGUUCUGCUCUUUGUCUGUGUUCUUAAAGUUUGAAUUUUACUGUCUUACUCUUUUGUAAGAAAGCUUUUGCCAUUGAUGAGUUUGACGUCCUCAUUGGCGUUCGAUGACCAAGGCAGAGAAGUAUCACCGGUAAGGCUGUAAUUAAAGAGCUAGUUUAGGUGGCGCUGUUUUGAAGAAGUGAAUUCCCUGUAGCCCUCUGUCAGGUGCAUUGGUAAGUUUCAGCAGCUUUAUUCUUAAUUUAGCACGCAAGUGUUAAAAAAAAAAAUUCAGACGGGAUGAAGAGCUUCCUUUGUGUUUCCACUUUAAGUAGUGCUAUUAUUAUUGUUAUGGUUACUGUACCUAAUUUUUAGGUUGCUUGGUUGUAACGCAUUGUGCCGUUUUUCUUUUUAUUAUUUUAAACCAUGACUGUAUGCAGCAGGAUUAUUGGCUCCAAGUGCAACCAUAUAAACUUGCCAAAAUUA